AUGCCCUGUGUGUACGACAAGCGGAAGAGUCUGGCCGUCAGCUUCACUCCGGACACGAGCAGCAUCUUCAUCACAGAGAAGGGGCUCGGGGACUUCGUCUUCACCAUCGACCUCUUCACCACGGACGCCUUCGCGCUCGCCUACAGGAGGAACGACUUCCCGGUGCACUACAAGAAGAGCCAGGAGGUUUACCUGCAGCUCGCCGUCAAGUCCACCGUGAGCAUCGCCCUCUUCACCGAGAACUGCUACGCGACGCCCAGUGGCGACCCCCACGACUCCAUCCGAUACGACCUCCUCAAGGACGGCUGCCCGACCGACCCCACGUGGAGGAGCUACAGCAGCUUCCUCAAGAAGAAUCAGUUCAGCUUCACGGCGUUCAACUUCAUCGGCAACUUCCACCAGGUGUUUGUCCACUGCGACGUGAUCGUGUGCAAGGUGGGAGAGCCCAACACGCGGUGCCAGCAGGGCUGCCUGCCCGCCGGGGGGGGCUCGGCGAGGCGCAGGAGGAGCGCGGAGGAGGGCGUGGUGCAGUCGGAGGUUCACACCAUCUCACGGGGGCCGCUGGUCUAUGGGGAAUCGGCGGAGCGAUCGACCGGAGUGAACCUGAGCCAGCUGCUCACCCCACUGGCCGUGGUGUUUGCGGCUCUCUUCGUGGGCGGCUCCCUGAUCCACCACCGCAGGCGGCGAGGGCACGGCGGCGGGUACAGCCGCGUGCCGCCCGAAGUCUCCGAGUGA